AUGCCGUCCACUUCCGCGGCCCUAACGCCUGGAUUGGCGUCGUUCCUCAAGUCCUUGAAGACGAAUCCGAUUGAUACAUCGAUUGACGAUCUGAUCUCGCUUCUGAAACGCAGACAGAUUCGCCAUUCCAGAUCAUGCGCGACCGCAACCGCCUACCUCCUGCGCAGUGUUAUCUCAGCUACUCGGACUUCGGAUGCAAACAAGAUGAUCGAGCGGGUCCAGCAUGUGGGAAGGCGCGUGAUGGCCGCUCAGCCCAGGGAAAUGGUGGUCGGAAAUAUUGUCAGACGUGUGCUCGGAUUGAUCCGUGAUGAAGCGGAAGACGACAGAGAGGCCGACUUCACUCUGAGUGAAGCGGGCUCGGAGAGCCAGCCUCAGACCCCUCGUGCCUUGGAUGGUUCCGACCGGUCAUCCUCGAGACAGCCUUUCACUUCGCUGUCAGCUACACCCAUUUCCAUGUUCAGUCUCCUCUCACACCCAGAGCCUGAGUCGUCUCUGCCUGGCACCCCGGCCUCUGCGUCUCCGUCUGGCCGCCUACUGGGCCAAAGUCACAACAAAGACAUCCGUGCCGAAGUCCUGGACGGUAUCAACGAAAUUAUCGAUGAGUUGGGCCAGGUAGACGACCAGAUUGCGGCCUACGCCCUGGAACACAUUCACUCCAACGAAAUCAUCCUGACACACACAUCCUCAACUACCGUCCAGAAAUUCUUGCUCAAGGCUGCGGCCAAGCGCAAGUUCACCGUGAUCCAUGCCGAAUCUUAUCCCAACAACCAUGAAGCGACCCAUGCCACUGUCAGCGGACAGGCCCCCAAGGACGACGACAUUCUGAGCACCGAGGCUUUCCAGAAACCUUUGAUCGCCCUGGGCAUCACUGUUAUCCUGAUCCCUGAUUCCGCAGUCUUCGCGCUCAUGUCCCGUGUCAACAAGGUCAUCUUGGGCACGCACUCGGUUCUUGCCAACGGCGGAUUGGUGGCUGCGGCAGGCACGCGGGUCAUCGCUCGCGCGGCCAAGGUGCACCAGACCCCCGUGGUCGUUGUGAGCGGUGUCUACAAGCUCAGCCCUGUCUACCCAUUCGAUUUCGACUCGCUGAUCGAGUAUGGCGAUGUCAGCAAGGUUAUUGGAUACGAAGACGGUGACCUGGUAGACCAGAUUGACGUGCAGAACCCGCUGUACGACUAUGUCCCUGCGGAACUUGUCGAUCUUUACAUCACCAACCUGGGAGGUCAUGCGCCGUCUUACCUUUACCGUAUUGUCUCGGACCACUACCGCAAGGAGGAUAUCAAUGUCUAA